AGAAUCCCAAAAAUGACAUCCAGAUUUGCAGGGGAGCAGAGCAGAGAGUGAGAGAGAGACUGAGUGAGAAAGAAAGAACUCAACAACCCGUUCAGUUUCAGGGAGAAAACAGAGAAUAUCAGCCAGCCCAUGUUUUAUUUUACAGCUUCAUACUUGGCAUCUUGUGGAAAAUUCCGACUUUAGAAAUGUCGUUGGACACAAAGAAAACCUGAGAAGAAUACACCAAUGUGUUUUUGAAAACAAAAGCGUUAGCAUAAACGUUUCCUGUUUCUUGACAUCGUAGUAGAACGGAGAACCCCUUGGUUUGAACCCUGCGCUCCUCUCGUUUUGUGAAGACCACUGUCUGCUGCAGUCCAACCGUCAAGAUGUGUGACCUGAUGCCAGUUUCGAAACCUGCUGAAAAAAUCGGCAAAAUGAAAAAGUUGCGAAGAACUUUGUCAGAGAGCUUCAGUCGUAUAGCUUUCAAGAAAGAGGACAGUGGCUUUGAUGAGAUAUGUGUCACAAAGAUGUCCACACGCAGCGGACAGGGAAAGGACUCGGUCAUCACGCCCCUGGACACCAUCCCUGAGGAUAGGAAGGUAAGGGUUCAGCGGACACAGAGCGGUUUCGACGCCUUCGAGAAACCCGCCAGCCAGGUGAAGAGGGUGCACUCAGAGAACAAUGCCUGUAUCUCCUCCAAGGCCUCAUCUACUGGGAAAGAGUCGCCCAAACUGCGCCGACACUCCAGCCCCAGCUCUCCCACAAGCCCCAAGUUCGGAAAGGCUGAUUCCUAUGAGAAGCUUGAGAAGCUGGGAGAAGGCUCGUACGCUACAGUAUACAAAGGGAAAAGCAAGGUGAACGGCAAGCUGGUAGCCCUGAAAGUGAUUCGUCUGCAGGAGGAGGAGGGGACACCGUUCACCGCCAUCAGAGAAGCGUCUCUUCUGAAAGGUCUGAAGCACUCCAACAUCGUGCUGCUCCAUGACAUCAUCCACACCAAGGAAACCCUGACUCUGGUCUUUGAGUAUGUGCACACAGACCUGUGCCAGUACAUGGACAGGCACCCAGGAGGACUGCAUCCAGACAACGUGAAAUUGUUCCUGUACCAGUUGCUGAGAGGUCUGUCCUACAUCCACCAGAGGUAUAUCCUGCACCGCGACCUCAAGCCUCAGAACCUGCUCAUCUCUGACACUGGAGAACUCAAACUGGCCGACUUCGGUCUGGCACGGGCUAAGUCAGUCCCCAGCCACACCUACUCCAAUGAAGUGGUGACCCUGUGGUACCGCCCCCCUGAUGUCCUCCUGGGAUCCACAGACUACUCCACCUGCCUGGACAUGUGGGGUGUAGGAUGCAUCUUCAUCGAGAUGAUCCAAGGAGUGGCAGCUUUCCCUGGGAUGAAGGACAUCCAGGAUCAGCUGGAGAGGAUAUUCCUGGUCCUAGGCACCCCCUGUGAGGAUACCUGGCCAGGGGUCCACUCCCUGCCCCACUUCAAACCAGACAGCUUUACUGUCUACAGUUCCAAGAAGCUCAGACAAGCAUGGAAUAAGUUGGGAUAUGUGGACCAUGCUGAGGAGUUAGCCUCUAGGUUCCUCCAGUGCUUCCCAAAGAACCGUCUGUCUGCUCAGGCAGCUCUCCAGCAUGAGUACUUCAGCCAGCUUCCUCCACGGCUCUGGGAGAUCUCAGACAUGGCUACUAUCUUCACGGUACCAAAUGUCAAGCUGCAGGUGGAGUCAGGUGACAGUAUACAGGUGUGUACCAGGACCAUCUCCAGCCAUGCUAAAGGACCGUCCAGCAGCAAACACUGACCGGGGCAGACUGCCCCACAGCUAGCCAGGUUGCUGCUGUGGUCAGUCCAAGAGAGAAGGACAAAGACACUGAGAUGGAGGAACCACCGGGAUCACAUUCCCUCUUCUGUUUCUUUAACUUAUUACCUUUCCAACUGUGUGUGUGUGUGUGUGUGUGUGUGUGUGUGUGUGUGUGUGUGUGUGUGUGUGUGUGUGUGUGUGUGUGUGUGUGUGUGUGUGUGUGUGUGUGUGUGUGUGUGUGUGUGUAUACAUUUUGGUGGGUGACACCUCCAAUUUCAGUUUUAUAAUUUGCCAUUUUUGUUGACUUUUAUAAUGUUAUGAUACUCAUAUAUCGUUGACACAUUUACAAUACCCUUAAUCAUCAAGGGACUUUACAAUACUAUUGAUAUAUACUGUGGCUUGUGUUUCUAACUACCUAUGUGAGAAUGUAUAUUUGUGUGUACAGUAUACUCAUAUUUAGAAAAAAUAUAUCACGGACUCCAAGAAAGCUUACAUUCUUUCACAAACAUGCUGCACUUGCAUGUAUUCACGCACGCAUGCACAAACUCACACGUACACACACACACACGUACACACACACACGUACACACACACUGGACAGUUUCACUCACAACACAAACUUGAACUGAGAAUGACAAGCGGUGGUAAUGUUUCUCUUGAACUUUGAACUGUUCCUCCUGUGUAACUGUCAGGCCAGGGUCAAAUGGCAUCAAAUCAAUAAUAAUCAUAAGAGCAAUGGUAGUAAUACUGUAAUAGUGAUACUGGUGAUAAUAAUCCGUCUCUGCUGGAGAUGAUGCAUACACACAAAGCAAUGAGCGUCGAUGACAUCGUGAAGAGUCACAUGUUAUAUGGUACAUUCGCUGUGGUUCGUCUCAAGUGUAUGUGGGUGUGUUAUAUCUGUGUGAUUGCGUGUGCAUCAAACAUGGGCAAUACCCUUCAUUGGUGCUUCCAUGUAGGCCAUGAGGUACUGUUAUCUUGUUGUGCACUGUAUCUAGAUGGUAAAACACAAUGGCAAUAGGCUCAGUGGGAUUUUGAUCUGGUUACUUCGACCCGUGACAAUCCUCUUCUCCUCCACGUCCUUUGAACCGUCACCGUCCAGUAAUGUACUGUAUAUCAGACGUCAUCACAAAUGUUUUUUAGACGAUUACGUCAUUGGCUGUUUGUCUCAGCUAUCACGUCAAUACAAUUACUAGGAGCACUUUUUCUUUAUAUCGUGUGAUAUUGAUCUAACAAAUAGUUUUGUUUCAUUGGCUGGUACAAAGAUCUCUUUGUGUUCGAUUUACAACUGGGUGUUGUUUUGUAUAAAAAUACCUGCUCAUAUUAGUCAUGUGUGAGCUAGGUAAUAUAGCAAUGACCAGUAACAUGGAGAAUAUGGGUUCCUGUUUUAUGGAUUGAUUUGAAAUCUACCACUAAUCUGAAUGGGCCUGUACUGUUCACAAGUAGAGGGGGAGGAGAGUUCUGAGUGAGAUAUCAUGGACACACACUGACGAUCAGGAGAGAUUCGUUUUCUUAAUCCACUCUGACACCCUUAGAAAGACGUGUGUGUGCACUCACACACACACUAACACACACACGCAUGAGAAUACAUGAGAGACAGUCACAGGUAUUAUACUGUAGACACUUGGCCACACACAGUCCCUCUCCAGCCCUGCCUCACCUGCUAGUCUAUCAUAGAGGGAGGAGGAGGACACGCUAAAAGGAAAGGAGUCUUGUAGAAGGCUUUGACAUAGUUCUCCAUAUGGCCAAGUCCAUGUUGUGUUACAGCUUUAAUUGUCCCACUGUUACGGUUUUCUUCCGUCGAAAGAGAGUCGGACCAAAAUGCAGCGUGGUUAAUACGAUACAUGUUUAAUGACGAAUAAACACGACAAUACAAAAA